AUGAAGCAUCCAUUUUAUCUCUUCUUGCUCUUAGUCAGCCAUAAAUGUUCCACCUUUGCACAGAGAACAAGCCUGCCCCAGACAGCAUCUGCAGUGCACUGUUCAGACUGCCACCCCAACGCUACUUGCGAGGAAAACCGAGACCGUCAUCAAUGCAUUUGCCAAGAUGGGUUCACUGGAGACGGUGCCAAUUGCGCCAAUGUGGAUGAAUGUUCCAACCCCCAUUUAAAUCACUGCCACUCUGUAGCAACCUGUAUCAAUACCCAUGGAAACUAUUCCUGCUCCUGUCCUGAGGGUUACGAUGGAGAUGGCUUCCACUGUGAAGCUCCUGGCUUUGCUGAAGGAUGUAUGAGAAUGAAUGGAUCCCGCACCUGCUCUGAUCCGUGUUUGAUUCACAUGGUUCUGGAUCAACCUUGGUGAAGCACCUCCUACGGUUUAGGAAAAAAUUGUGACAGUGAUAAAAAAGGGUGGUAUCGGUUUGUUGGCAAUGGAGGAGAGCGCAUGCCAGAACCUUGCGUACCAAUAUACAAGUGUAACACUGAUGCACCUAUGUGGCUAAAUGGUUUGCACCCCACUAAUAAUGUUGAAAUAGUAACUUGUACAGCCUGCGCCCACUGGAAUGACAACUGCUGCCACUGGUCUAUUACUGUACAAGUUAAAGCUUGUGUAGGUGGUUAUUAUGUCUACAAGUUUCAAGGGACACCAGCUUGUUCCUUGAGUUAUUGCACAGAUCCUGAGUACAUUGACAGCCCAUGUCCCCAGUGUGGCGCAGAAGAAUGUGAGCUGAUCAAUGAGAAAUGGGGGUGCUCCUGCAAUCGAGAGUCCAACAGCUCUGAUGUUUCUAGCUUGGAGCCGCAACUGGAGUGUGGUGCAAAUGAAAUUAAGGUCUCCAUUGAAAAGUGCCUCCUGAACAGCAUGGGCUUCCAAAACAUAAACAUGCAAUUGAGGGACUACAGAUGUGCUGGUUUUAUAGAACAGAGGAACAGAACAAUGGUCUCAGUGUUGACACCCACUGAAGCUGGCCAUUGUGGAACCCAAUUGACAAAAAACUAAACUCAUGCCACGUAUAGUAACAUGCUAUAUCUGGCCGAUGGGGCUGUCAUUAGAGAGAACGAAAUCAAAAUUAAUUUCCACUGUUCCUAUCCCCUGGACAUGGAAAUCAGCCUUGAAACGGCCAUCUAGCCCAUCGUCAGUUCUGUCAACAUCAGUGUCGAAGGUGCAGGACAGUUUACAGUUCAGAUGGCUCUCUAUCGAGAUCAAAAUUACAUUUCGCCCUAUGAGGGAUCAAUGGUAGUUUUGCCAACACAGGCCUGGCUCUAUGUUGGCGUCAUGGUCACUAGCAGGGACACAACUUGCUUCGUCUUGCGGAUGGAUAAUUGUUUUGCAACACCCAUGGAAAAUGCCACAGACCCUCUCAAAUAUAUCAUCAUUCAAAACAGGUACAAUAAGAAAAAAUGA